AUGGUUACCAUUAACGUUGCAUACACACAGGCUGUCAACCCGGCAGGAGUCACGCCUGUGCUCACCCGGGAACAAAUGUGGGCGGGAAUGGAAGGCAAGGUGCGACGGGCACACGACUUCGUCCCCGUCUUCUCAGACUGCAAAGUGAUCGAAGAGCAUGACAACGUGGUCGUGCGAGAGACCACACUCAAGCCGAUGGAGGGACGGCCGGGCAAGACCCAGCAGGAGACCUGCCGAUUAUACAAACCAGUCAAGGUCGAUUUCCAUGAACCGAGUGGAUGCGUCAUCACCAACAUGCUCUCUGACGGUCCUGCCAUGACGGAUGAGGAGCUGCAGAUGACCUAUUUCUUCGAGUGGCCGCAUCCGGACAUCGAGGCGGGCAGCGAUAUCGAGAAGGGACUGACCGAGCAGCAUAAGAAGCGAGGGAAGAUGUCGGUUGAAAAGUCGAUCGAAUCCAUCCGGAGGAUGGUCGUCGCAGGGAAACUGUGA